AUGGAGUUGGUUUUCCCUAUGUUCGGCAAGGGGAGCGUGGAGGAUCCCUGCUGGCCGGCCCUGCAGGCUCUCACUGAAGCGGCGUCCAGCUUCAGUUUUUGCCGUGCCUCCCUGGAGCACACGCUGUCUGCUGAGGAGCUGAGCUACCAGCUGCCGCGUCGCGCCGGAGGCAGCAACCUGACCUGGCACGACGGCCGCGGCCAGAAGACGGCACACACACGCACCGUCAAGCUACUGCAGCAGCCCGGCACAGAGGGCAUCCAGCUGCGUCCGGGUGAAGCCUUCACUGUGUAUCACACCAGUCCGACACUCUCCAGUCUGUCCAAACCUGUGGUGCUGUGGACUCAGCAGGACGUCUGCAAGUGGCUUAAGAAACACUGUCCUCACAACUACCUGACCUACGUUGAGGCCUUCUCUCAUCACGCCAUCACAGGACGGGCUUUGCUGCGCUUAAACGGCGAGAAGCUGGAGAGAAUGGGGAUCGUGCAGGAGACGCUGAGGCAGGAGGUCCUCCAACAAGUCCUCCAGCUGCAGGUCAGAGAGGAGGUCCGCAACCUGCAGCUCCUGAGCAGAACCUCCUUUGGAAACUUCUCUUAG